AUGGUUGUCGAAGCCCCUAAGCCGCCCACGCUACGCCGCUCCUGCCAAGCCUGCGCCCGCGGCAAACGGCGCUGCGAUCAGCGCUGGCCACGCUGUGGCCGUUGCCAAACCCGCCGCAUCGAGUGCGAAUACAUCAACGUGCCAUUGCCUGUCAGCACAUCCAUCGGCCCGAAUACGAUGACCACCACAACACCAACACCAGCCAACACUUCCCGACCCCGAAAACCCGGCCGGUCCAACACCAUCACCACCCGCACCGCGACCCUCAGCCUCCCCUCACACCUUCCCCCCCUGGAGAUCACCAAAGGCUACUCCCCCACCGUGAUUUCCUUCCUCUGCGCCGGCAUGCGCCAAUACCCACUAACCUUCGCCUCCUCCCUGAAAACACACUUCAUCCACCCGGACCUCUGGCCCUCCCCCACCACCCCACCCGCACCCCUCCGCGACAUCCUGACCCUCUGCAAGCACUACACUUCCCCCUUAUCAUCCGCAUCACACCGUGAUCCGCACAGCCUGCACCUCCUCCUCCACCAGAAAUCCCGCAUCCUCCACCGCCAUAUCACCCGCGCCUCCACCUUCCCCGACCUCCUCGCCAGCGCGCAAGCCCUCCUCCUGCUUCAAUGCAUCCUCCUCCUCGCCCCCGACCACGCCGACCAACAAACCCAAGCGUACCAAGAAUCCAUCAGCGACAUGCUGAUGAGCCUUGGCCACCGACUGUGGACGCAGGCUCCCGUGCAACUGCCCCGCACGCUCAGCCCGCGCCAGGCGUGGCUGUUCGCCGAGAGCGUGCGGCGCACGAUCAUCGUGGGGUUCAUGCUGCGGAGCGUGUACUCGCUGCACACGCGGAAUUACUCGGCGCGGACCCCAUUUGUGGAUGCGUUGCCGUUCGAUGUGCGGACGGGGCUGUGGGAUGCGGAGGGAGGGGAGGGGCCCGAGGCGUUGGGUGCGGAGCGGGAAGGGGUGUGGGAGUCUAGUGAGGGGGCGCUGGUCUCUUUGCAUGGGUAUUCGGGGAUGUUGGAGCAGGGACAGGUGCAUUCAAUGGGGGCGUUUGCGGGUCUGAUUCUCGCGGCGUGUAGGGGGAAGCAGAUCGCGGACGUG